AUGAUAACUAUCAUUAUAUUUCUUUCUCUUACAAUUUCGAUAACAACAGCUCAACAAGCAUCUAAUCCUUGUACGAGAACUAGUGAAUGUGGUCAAGGAAUAUGUGAUACAAAUAGAACAACUCCUAUAUGUAUAUGUAAUCGUGGUUGGACAUAUUCACGUGAUGGAUUUGAACGAUGUACUUAUCAACUAAAAUCGAAAUUAGCAGCAUUUCUUCUUUCAUUUUUUGCUGGUGGUUUAGGUGCUGAUUGGUUUUAUUUAAGUGUUGGUAAUAGUGGUUAUAUUGCAGCUGGAGUUUUUAAAUUAUUAUCACUCGGUGGUCUUGGUAUAUGGUGGCUUGUUGAUUGGAUUAGAGUUUUAACUAAUUCAUUUUUUGAUGGACAAGGAAUGGCUUUACUUGAAUGGGCACCAUGA